GGAAGAGAAGAGAAAAUGCGUAACAACAGACAAACAGAUCAUCUCAAACGCCCGCUCGCAAAACAACGCGUCUUUUCAACCUUGUGCAAAACUAUUCCGCUGACCCUUUCACAGCAGACAAUUCUUUCAAAAAGUAAGUCGCACAACGUCCGAAAGCGCUGGUCCUUAUCCUUUUUUUAUCGCAGCGGCGACAAUAGUUAUUGUUGGAGAAACACGCUGGUUUGAUAUUGGCGCUUCUGCAGUCGCAACCGGUGUGCUUUGGAUUUGGAGCAUUCAUGUCUGUCUGUUGUCCGUUCGCGCGAUGCUCGCCCUAAUAAUACUUGGUUCUAUUUCGGUUCUCGUCGUUUUCCCGUCUCGCUGACACUCAUGUUUGUUAUCUUUUUUUUGGGUCUCGUUGUGAAACCAUCAUAACGCAAUACGUUACCAAUCAAUCCAACCGUUCACCUACUACAGCAUGUUUUCCGUCGGUCGUGUCCUUGCUUCUCGUGUCGCCGUUCGUGCUGUCAACACUAGCCUCUUUACGGGCGUCAGACAAGCACAAGCCGUCCGAACGUUCGCCGCAUCUACCUUUUUGGAUCCUGCCGAAGUCUCCGGACGAGUAACUGAUGUGAUCAAGAAUUUCGAUAAAGUUGAUGCCAACAAGGUUACCGAUACUUCUAAAUUUACCGACGAUCUUGGAUUGGACUCAUUGGAUGCCGUAGAGGUUGUUAUGGCCAUCGAGGACGAAUUUGCGAUCGAGAUUCCCGACGCUGAAGCCGAUAAGAUCCUUUCUGUUGCCGAUGCCGUGGAAUAUAUUUCAUCCCAUCCCAUGGCGAAAUAAAGGACCGAUUAAUGAAUGAUCGUACCCGAAACUAACUUCCCUAAAAAUAGAACCCAAUUACAGAAAGUGAAACAAAAUAGUUUGGUAUCA